CCGAGUACCGUUUCUCGGACGGGGGAAGUAUAACCCCAGAUAUAUUUCUGGCAUUUCUGCAGUUAAGGAAUGCCGGUGGAAGAGUCCAAGUCACGUGUCGCCUUUUUGCAACAUAUGCAUAUAAAAUGUCAAACUUGCUCUGCAAGAUAAUCUUGGAUUAGACUUAAGUCCUUAUAAUAUUGUCCAAGGCAAAUCAUUUACACGAUCUGUUUCAAUCAGUGAGCCUACCUCUUCCAGCAUAUCUUCAAAUUCACCUGGUUGUAAUACAAUCUCAUAUAGUGCUAUAACUGGUUGUUGUCUACCAUCUAUACGAUCAGCUAGUAGUGGUGAAGUAGGCGGCAGUACAACAUCAGCAGUUUCUUAUUCACCAUAUUCAUCAGCUGCUACAGCUAUUUCACCUGAAAGUCCACUACCUGAUCCAAACUAUUUCACUGCAAACCCACUGACUGCUUUAUUCAUCAAUCCUGUAGAAACACCUACAUCUAUUCAAUAUUCUCCAAGUAUGUCCUCUGCAGAUAAUGAACAAUUAUCUCAAUCAGCAAAUCAGCCUAAUGAUGGUAAUAAUAGUGGUGGUGACUGUCAAAGUCUGCAUAAUAUUGAUUUUGUCGCAGAACACUAUGCCCCACUUCUACAAAAUCCAAACAUUCUCAGAACAAUUAAUUUUCUAUCACAUUUACUUGAUUCCCGUUUAACAAGUGAUUGGCGUCUACCUCUUGAAUAUUGGCAGAGAAAUUGUGCAAAAUUAAACCAAUUUAAUGUUUGUCAACCGCCUGUUCCCUCGCCUCAUGAGCAUAUUACCACUGCUGCUACUACUGGUACUACAACCAUUGGCAGUAGUAGUGGUAGUCAGUUAGAUGUUACAGAUUCUGCACCAGUACACAAUUACACAACAAAAACAACAUCAGCUACACUGAAUUCAUUACAAUCACCUGAACCAGAAGUGUUCGCGGUGAAACGUUGUAAGCUGAGUAGUAAUAAUAAUAAUAAUAAUAAUAACAACAACAGUAUUAAUCCACAACUCCCAACUGAAAUUGGAUCAAAAAUCAAUAAACCGUUUAGUGUUGGAACAUCUACUACUGAUACAAUCACGAAAAUAUCGUCUCCUUCCUCUUCCUUCUCCUCCUCCUCGGCCUCCUGCUCGUCAGCAUGUGUAAAUUAUCCAUCACAACCUGUAGGAUCAAUAAAAACUCCUACAACCUUCAUUACAGCACGAUUAAUUCUAUCCGCUCGAAAUUUAGCUGAUCAUUUUGAAUCAAGAUAUCGUGAUAAAUUGGGUAGCCUGUUGGAGGAUGUAGCACGUUUAAAUAAUAAUAAUAAUGGCAGAAGUGUCAAUAUUAACGAAACAGAAAGUGUCGGUAAUCGUGAACAUGAAGGUACUGCUGAGUUAAUGAAUGAAGACACUGUAAAUAGAAAUGACAAUAUUACUACUACCAAUAAUAAUAAUAAUAACAAUAAACAACCCGAAGAUAGUAAUAUGAGAAGUAGUCAUGAUAUUGCUGGAGCUAGUGAUGAUGAUGAUAAUGAUGAUGGUAAUAAUAACAGUCGAAUAACAGACAGCAAUUCAUUAAAUAAUUGUUUAGAAAUGUCAAGAUGUCAAUUUCAUAGUGUACUUGAAGAAUUAUUCAAUGAACGUAUUAAUUGGGGUCGUAUUAUUGCAAUGUUAGCAUUUCUACGUGCACUAUGUGAAGUUGUUGAAGCCAAUCAACGGAUAACAUCAUCAUUAUCAUCUUCAUCGAAAGCGAGUACACUUUCAAAGUCGAAUGAAUCAUCUACAUCAGUAAAUGAACGAGUUUCUAAUGUCAUUGACACAUCAAGUUAUGAUACACAGGUACUGCCUUCAGACUCAUCAUUUCCUUCAUGUAGUUACAAAACACCCAGUACUACUACUACUACUACUACUGGUUAUGAUGAUGGUAGUGAAUCCCCAAAUAAAAAAAUAAAAAUCUCAUCAAUUGAAGAACAGUAUCAAUCAAGUAUUAAAGAAUUUCUUUUAUCACCAUCUAUGCGACCUUGUGUAGCUGAUUAUGUUCUCUGGACAGCUGAAUUUAUCCAUGGUCCUCGAGAACUUUGGAGUUGGAUAUCAUCUCAUGGGAAUUGGGAAGGCUUAAUCAAUUUUGAAUCACAACGUCAUGAUGCUAAUCAAUUACCGCCGACAAGUGAUGCAGGCAGUUUAAUCGGUUUAGUGACUGGUUUCACAGAUGAUGAAACUCUGCGUUCACUGCGUACAGCUUUGACAAGUGUAGCUACAAUAGCUGUCGGUGCAGUUGGUCUAGUCGCUGCUUAUCACUUUUUAAGUAAACGUUUAUAAGAAUAUGGCGAAUUAGUAAAAAUAGAAAAAAAAAGUAAUAAGGAGGCAGGGUGAUGAAAAGGAUGCUUAAAGGCGGAAACAACACUACUCACAGCAUGCAUUAUAUAUUUAUGUAUAUAUUAUCAUUAUUAUUAUUAUUACUGUUAUUAUUCGGGAUUUUAUCCGUCUUCUUCUUCGUCUACUCAUGCAUCAGUCAUUCUUUCGGCCAACCCCAACCAACUAGCCAGUCAGUCACUUACUCACUCACUCACGAAUGAAUUCAUCAAGUUGAUGCUUUACUGUCGUCAUUCUGUGACACACACACACACACAAAUCCCUUUCUCUUUCUCUCUCUUCCUUUCCCUCCUUGGAGUUACACACUUUAAUGUGACCAUGUUGAUUAUAUAAUUAUUCUUUUUUGAAAGCAGACAAACGGACAUUUUUCCGUUCAUUCGUAUUUUUAAUUAUACAAAUAUGUCUACAUGAUUUUUCUGUCGUCUUCAUUGUUAAUUAAGUAUUGAUUGUGUUUGUUUCUUUUUUUCUUCUACUGUGUAUUCUCCUUCUUUCUUUUGCGUUUUUGUUACUCUUAGUCUUUUGCUCCAUAUUCUACCACCGUGUGUCUCUCUCCCCUUUUUGUGACAGUUACUCCUGCCUCUUUCUCUCUCUCUUCCCUUUCUCAUAUAUCUGCUGCAGUUUUGUGAAUGAAUAAAUGAAUAGUUAAAAAAAAACUACCCUAUGCACUAUAUAAUACAUAUCUAAAUGUAUGU